AUGGCAGAAUCAAUUAUUUAUGACAUCAUCACCAAAUUGAGCUCCCCUCUUGUGCAGCAACUUGGCUUGUGGUGGAAUUUCAAAGACGACCUUGAGGACCUCGAAAGCAUUGUGUCUGCAAUCAAAACUGUGCUUCUUGACGCCGAAGAGCGAUCUACAAGUAACAUUCCUGUCAAGCACUUCCUUGAAAAGCUGAAAGAUGCACUUUAUGAUGCCGAUGACGUUUUGGAUGAUAUCCAUACUGAAGCUUUGAGGAAAGAUCUGCUGAGUGGGAACAAGCUGACGAAAGAGGUACGCGUUUUCUUUUCAAGCUCAAACCAGGUUGCUUAUGGUCUCAAAAUGGGAAGUAAAAUCAAGGCCAUUAAGGCCAGUUUAAGUACCAUUCAAAAUCAGACCAAGUUGUUAAAAUUAGUACCGCGUGAGUAUCCUAUGGAGGCGCCUUUCAUGGCCAAAAGGAGGCAGCAGACGCACUCUUUUGUGCCUAAAGAUAAAAUAAUAGGGAGGGACGAUGAUAAAGCAGCUCUUAUGAAACUCUUGUUAGAGUUCGACAGUGAAGAGAAUGUUCAUAUCAUUCCAAUUGUGGGGUUCGGAGGGUUAGGCAAGACUGCAUUGGCACAGUUGGUCUAUAAUGAUGAAAUGGUUAAAAAGCACUUUGACUUGAGGAUGUGGGUAUGUGUCUCAGAUGUUUUUGAUGUGAAAACAAUAGUUGCAAACAUUAUUAAAUCUGUGACUAACCAUGCACCCGAUCAAAAUCUCGAAAUGGAUCAACUGCAGAAACAACUUCGAGGUGAAAUUAAUAGGAGUAAAUAUUUGCUUGUUUUGGAUGACAUUUGGAACGAGGACAGGGAACGAUGGGUUAGCUUAAAGAAUUUACUGAUAGGUGGGGAUAAAGGAAGUAGGAUAAUAAUAACUACUCGCUCUCACAAGGUAGCAAAGUUAACUAGUAAAUGUCAACCCCAUGUUCUUAAAGGCUUGUCUGAAGAUGAUUCUUGGUCGUUGUUCAAAGAUAUAGCAUUUGAGCAAAGAUCUGCAGACUUGACAAAUUCAGGCUUUGUGGAGAUAGUGUUAGAUAGGAAAGCAGAUUUCAGAAAUGUGUCGUGGAGUUCCUUUAGUCAUAAAGACUAUAGCUGGUACCUUAUCUUUUAUAGAAACCCAGAAUGA